GUACCACCCUGUACAAGACUAUGACGACGCUGCGAAAUCACGAGCGUACGGAGUUACGCUGCACGGCGACGAAGGGUCAGGCAAGAGAGGGCGCAAUGUCUUGGUGAUUUCGUGGUCACCACUGGGCAUGACGAAAGAGUCCAUGUAUUCGAAGUACCCUUUUGCAGUCAUCAAGAGCGAUUUCUUCCACUACGAGAAUGGAAGGAAUGUGACUCUGCAGGAUCUGCAACGUGAGCUGGUCAGCAGCUUCAAUCGCUGCGCCACAAGGAGGGGAGACGAACCCACACUUCAUAUGAUUCUAAGUAAGGGCGACUGGAAGUGGAAGUAUGAGUUCCUCAUGCAGGAAAGAAAUUACAUGAACGUCACCAACACCGACGUGGGGAUCUGCCCUCGUUGCCUAGCAGCGAAAAACAACUGGCUCGACGUCCAUGAACGCUUCAAUUCUGCAAGAGACAUCCAAGCCGCUCGAGCAACGGCAGUUGGCCCCGACAUAGCUUUCAGGCAGCUCUCUGGCUGGACACCAGAGGUCGAGGCACCUGACCUCCUCCACGUGGUGUGGCUGGGAACUGGCCGCGAUCUCGUGGGCUCGCUUUGCAUGGAAGCAGUAGAGCACUCACGAGACUUCGAUGGUGUUACAUACGAUGAGCGCUUUAUUGGAUUGCGCAGAAGCAUGCAGAACUGGUGCAUCCAAAGAAACAUCAGGCCGUCCACGAUAGAAGAGAUCACUUUGAGCAAGCUGGGGGUGCACACACUGAGCCUGGACUACCCGCAGGGGCCUUCCAAGGGAUACGCCAACAAAGUCAUGGUAGCAUAUUUCGCAGAUGUGCUUCAAGCUGCUUGGUUGCAACGGAAAGUACCUGCGAGCAAAGUGGUUUUGACUUUGAGAAACUCGUUUUUAAGUGAACUUCAUGAUCAUCGAAUUAAAGCUUCUUGCAGGAUUGUGCUGAUCCUGCUCUUCGGCUACAAUCGGUUUGUGCAUGGGCGCUCCACACAGCGGGGGCGGUAUGUGAUGAGGCCCACGUGUGGUUUACAGAAGAGCAGAGAGGGCUGCUGGUGGAGGCUGGGCGACUUUACUUGA